AUGGUUGGCCCGGUCAGUGGAGGUCGAUGCAAUGUAAGACAAUUCCUCUAUUAUGCCUCAGACAACAAGCAGGAAAAGGAAACCAUCGCGGACAAGACCAAGCUCAAAGAUGCAGACCUCGCCAAGGAGAAGACCGCACUCGACGAGGUUGCUUCUAAACUCUACAAAGCUGGCGUGGGAAGGACCUACCAACCCGGUCACAUCUACGAGAGUUUGAAAUCUAACUCUGGGAUCCAUGAGGUUAUCGAAAACGUUGCCGCAUUCAUUGAGCAAACGGCCUAUUUGGACGAGGAUAAUGGCAAGCCGAGCAAACAAUUGUUUGAUCUAGCUGAACAGGCCCGAGGCCGAGUCCAGUACGGACGACAGGCCAACGCCGCCCGAGAUACAGGAACGGAGAUUCGGAACAAAUACGAUCACGAGGUUUGGGAGAAGCAACCAAAGAAUAAGAAAGGUGAAGUGGAGAAGGACGCCCCGUUGGUUGAGGGGGGAUUGGUCAAGGAAAGAAUGGGUAUUCCUGAUGGAGGUGUCGAGGGAUAG